AUGGUUAAGAAGUCAACCGUAAAUGAUGCAGUGCAAGUGUUCAAGUUGAAGGAGCCGAGGAAGAUAGAUCCUAAACCAAAGUCGUCAACACCCCAGACCACCAAGCUAUUGAGAAGAAUUGCAGUUGAUGUAUGCAAAGCUGCUGCCAUAAAAUUUAAUGGGAAUAGUAGCCACAACAAUAGCAAUGCCGGCAGCAGCGGCAGCAAUGCUUCUACUAUCUCCAUCAGCAAGAUUACCAGCAGUAGUAGCAGCAGAAGUGGCGCUUACACUAGCAAUAGCAGCAACAAUGCUCCCAUCAAUAGCAGCAGCAAAAACACUACCACAACCAGCGAUACUACCACCACUAGCAGCAGCGCUAUUAACAGCAGUAGCACCGCUACCAGCAGGAGAAACAACGCUUUCACCAGCAACGCUACCACCAACAGCAGCAACGCUAUCAUUAACAGCAGCAGCAGAAGGGCUAAUAGUAGCAACGCUACCACUAACAGCUACAAAAACGCUACUUUUUAUAUCAGCAGCAGCAGCAGCAGCAGCAGCAGCAGCAGCGGCGGCGGUGGUGGCAGUAGCAGCAGCAUCUUAUGGACCAAAUGUAGCGGAUAUACCAUUACCGAGCAAAAGCCCUAUAAUACGGUUGUUGAUGGAACAACAACUACCACCUCUACCCCCACUACCAUCACCAUCGAUAAAAACACCAACAUCACCUCCACUUACACUAACGCCAACACCAUCUUCACUACCAAUACUACUAGUGUCUCAGUGGCGAUGACAAUAAUUAGGCUGCUGCUUUUAACGUCAAAACCCAAGUCAAUGGUCUUUUCUUUCUUAUUCUUUCUUGAGUCGCUUUUCAGUUAA